ACUUACUUUUUCUACAAAAUUGCAUGCACUUUAUAAUUGAAUCAUGUUUUCAACAACAACUAAGUCUUAUACUUUAUCACCUUUAAUCUCUCUCCGCAAAUGUUCUUCAUUUUCCAAACCUAAAUUAUUGAACGUGCCAUCUUCCAUAGGACACUUGUCUUUAGGAUUAUCCACUUCAUCCACAAACCACCUUUCUGUGUCUUGUACCUACUCAUCAGAAAAUGGACCUCGGAUAUCAUCAAUUCAGGGGGGUGAAGAUUUUUUCAGGGGUGUGUUGGAGAGUAUGCAAUCAGUGUACUUGAACAGGAAUCCUACAGCAAAGGCCAUAUUGGAUCUUGUUCACUCUUUUGAGAACAAUUCAAUAUGCUAUGAUCAUCUUGCAUUCAGGACAUUUGGGGUGAAUGGUUAUGGAAUUGACUCGAUGGCAGGUUUUUUCCUGGAUUAUGGCUAUACACAACGAGAGGAGUUGCGAUUUCCGGGAAAAAAAUUGAGGGCGUUGUGGUUCUCACCUCCCGCUGAUUCUGUUUCCGGCGGUGGCAGUGGCAGUGGCAUGAGUGGACCCUUGCCGAGAAUUUUUAUAUCAGAGCUACUGGUAGAUCAGAUGAGUCCACCAACUCAGGAAAUAAUUAGGAAAUACACUGAAUCAUCCGGAAAUGGAAAAAAAUAUGCAGCUCUUGCAAGUUCGUUGGGACAUUUAACAUGGGAAAAACCCUUAUAUUCUGAGUUUCAACAAUUGGCAAGAGAGAGUGAAUAUGCUGCAUGGACACUAGUCAACGGUCAUGCGCUGAACCAUGUUACUAUUUCCACGCAUCGGCUGAAAACUCAUUUGAGGGAUAUAAAAAAAUUGAAUCAGUUUAUUGAGGAGAGUGGAUUCAGAUUGAAUUCUGAAGGAGGAGUACUGAAAGUGAGCCCUGAUGGCCUUCUCCAGCAAAGUUCAACUGUAGCAGAUUCAAUUUCUUUCCAAUUUGCUGAUGGUAUAACUGAAUCAGUUCCAUGCUCAUACAUUGAAUUUGCCGAGCGUCUCGUGCUGCCGCAGUAUGAAAAUCUACCUCACACAGAGGUUAAAGAGUUUCAUAGGAGGGAUGGUUUUGAGGUAGCAAGUGCCGAUAAGAUCUUUGAAAGCACAUCCAAGGAACAGGUGAGCAGAGUAGGCUCAUAGGAGUUUCAUCUCAUCUAGUUUGUACCAUGAACAUGUACAUAUGAAGGCAACAUUUUAGACCCAAUUGUAAUCUUAAUGUCUAGAUUUCAUGCACUUCAACUCAUGUGGAUACUGCAUCAUAAAACUGGGUUCAAUAAUUUAGCAAAAAACUAAAGAAAGAUGAGGUAUCCUUUUCCUCAAUUUCUGUCUUGCUUCUUUUCCAAUCAAUGCUAUAUCUUGUAUUAAAUUU